UUCUCCUGCUUUAUGCAUUCAUACUCUUUGUUUUUAUACUUGUCAUAUUGAGGUAAUAAAUGUUGGAUCGAUUGAGUGUUUUAAAAUGAAGUAACUGUCUUACCUAUUUUUGAAGAAGAAUAUUGGUGACAAGUUUGUAGUCUGCUCAAUAUUCAUAGAUUUUUUUGUACUGUUGCUUGUGCAUGGUGAAACGUCUACGAUCUUAAGCUUUCAUCUUUAACGACGAUCUCAUCUUCAGAAUAUGGCAUCUGCGAUUGUGAAUGGAUUGAUAGUCCAAGGACUCUCAGAUGAAAAUGACAAUUCAUCUAAUCAUCAUCCCAAAGAAACUAUUUAUAUGAAUGGGACUGCAACUGACACUUCAGACUUAUUAAAAUCUGAGCCGCAUAUGGUUUCCCCUCAACUCGCUCCAGCCUACCCCUCAUACUCACCAAGUACUGAACAGACUCAGCCUAAUCAAUCACACUCAACUGAUCCUAAAGACAGCCCUCUCUUUCCACCUUCAAUUAUAACAGCUAAUGGAAUUGAGCAGCAAACUGUAAGUUUUCAGCACAAAGAGAAGUCUCCAAUUGAUCAUGAUGCACUUUGGUGUCAACUAUAUAGGCAGACAGAUUUAGAGAAUGAAGUUAAUGGGAGCAACAGUCAGACGAGCCCCGGUUCUGCAACCAUCACGACGACUGUCGCAUCAGAUGCUACUAAAGUCAACCAACCCAAGCGUCUCCACGUCAGCAACAUACCUUUCAGAUUCAGGGAUCCGGACUUAAGGCAGCUUUUUGGGCAAUAUGGCCCAAUUUUAGAUGUUGAAAUAAUAUUUAAUGAGCGAGGAUCGAAGGGGUUCGGGUUUGUAACUUUCGCAAAUAGUGCGGAUGCUGAUCGCUCGAGAGAGCAAUUGAACGGCACGGUGGUAGAGGGACGAAAAAUAGAGGUAAAUAAUGCUACAGCAAGAGUACAAACGAAGAAAAUUCCUGCAAUACCAAAUGUUGCUGCCCUUCGAGGAGUAGCCAUUCAGAGAGGGAGGGCGCGAGGGGCCUUGGCGACAGCCUUCGCGCGACACGCCUCGCCUCUCACGGCUGCAGCUGCUGCAACUGCACUUCAUGGCUAUGCUCCGGUGUGCCAAGAUCCUUUUCUUGCCUAUGCAGGAGCAGAGAGAUAUCAGCUCCCUGCAACUUAUGCAGCUAGUGCUGCUUACACUGCUGCUGCAGCCCGAAGUUACGCCGCUGCAGCAGCUGCAGCUGCUGCCCAACCUGUAGCAUCUUAUGCAGCUGUAGCUGGAACUCCAUCACUAUAUUACAGUUAUGCCAGAGAAUAUGCUGAUCCCUACUUGGCACACAGCAUAGGCCCAGUUGCGGGAUAUGGGGCUGCCGUUUACCGGACAAGAUUCACUCCUUAUUAGUUCUUACUCAAGAGAAGUCAGUUCAUCAAAGUCGAUGCUCUGAUGCACAUCAAAUAUGGAUUGCUACGAGCACAAGAAAUAGUGGAUUUUGGAUUGAGGACUAAAGUGACGCACAUUUUCACGAAUUUUAUUUAUCCUUUCGGAUUUUUUUUUGAGAAGAGAAAAGGACUUACCGUGAUUUUUAAACACUACUUCUAUUUAAAGCAGAAUAUGGUGGACGUAGCCCUGUAAAAAUUACACCAUAGGAUUUAGAAUUCUUUCUGAAUCUUAUUAGAUAAGAUUGUGAAAUGCUAGAAAAUAUCUUACUUUUAUGGAAGACCCUGUUUUUAUGAAUCCAAAUUGCUUUUAAAUUUACAUCGGUAGCUUAUUCUUUUGAAAACUGCGUAUUUAUUGAAGCAUUACCGUUUUUUCAUCUCAAAAUCAUCGCAACAUUUCUCGACUUCUCUUUCUCGAACCAAAGCUAUAUCUUAUCAUUUCUGUCGUGUAAAUAAUCUCUUGUCAAUUUUCAUUGAAAUGGCUCAUUUCAUUUUUUCACUCGUUUCAUAAAUACUCUAUCAUUUAAGUCAUAAAUAAGUACAAAAUUCAAAUCUGUAAAAAUCAAUUGGAAGUUAGUUUUUGAAAAAGUAAAUUUCAUUUUGUGAUUCCCUUUCUGUGCAGUUAAAAUUCUUAAUGAAUAUAACUGUGCUUAAACAAUUGCCUUAUAUGUUAAAAUCUUUUUGCUAAGUAGGUUCCAAAUCCAAUGUAAUUUCAAGCUGAAGAUGGGGUGUGAAUCAAUAUUUAAUAAAUAUAUUAGAGAAGGAAUCGGCUGCAUUUUAGUCCCCCCCCCCCUUUUUUUUAGAGUUUUACUAAAUCAUAUGUUGUUAUUUAUUAAUUGUCAUUACAAAAAUUGAAAAUGUCUCAUGGAGUCCAGCAUGUAACAUUGACUGAAAACUAAAAUUUUGUAUAGGCUUUUUUUUCUAGUCAUCUGCAUUUCAUUACUUCAUCUUUUUCCUCUCAUUAUUUUCUUUAUAUCAGUGAAAUUUGGUUUUCAGUGUUAUUUGUGCUCACCCCAUCUUCCUAACUUACAGUAUUUUUAAUGUUACAUCAUUUUUUUCUUUUGUUACGUGCUCUCUAACUUAUGAACACUAGUAUUAUUUCUUUUUUUUAAUGUAAAAAUGCAUUGUAAAUUUUAGCACAAUAUAUGUUUGUGCAUUUUUAUAGCACAAAUUUAUUAAAAAAUGUGAAUGUGAAAAAAAAAUGGAUAUUUUAUAGUACUUUUAAUGUUGACUAAAAAAAGAAUGUACUCCUUUUUGAAUGCAUUUGUUUUAUUCCUGUUUUCGUGUUGACUGAUUUUGGAAAAUGCUUGGCGGCAUUUCCUAUGUGAGUGAUGUGAAGUAUUUAUUGAAUAUCCUGGACAUGAAUCUCAUUUGAAUCUCAUAUCAUGAAGUAAGACCGUAAAUGAAGGGCUGGCAGCUAGAAAAUAGUUACAAUUUCUUUGCUUGUUAUUUGUUGUUAAAACAUUUUUUUUUUAAAUUAUUAUAUUAUUAUUUUGAUAUUGUUUUCCCAACAAAUUUGUCAGAAAAAAUAUUAAUACUUGCCACUCCUCUGAUACUCCCUAAAACAGGUACCCACAUUGUAAAACGUUUUUAUUUUUAGAUCCAAUUUGUAGUGACUUAAUUAAAUACAUACAGACAAAGACUUUUUUUUUUAUUUGUAAAAUUCACAGGUUGUUUUCCACCCAAUCCUCUAUUUGCUGUCAUAAAAUUUGUAUCAACUUUGGUUUUAAACGCAUAAUACAGAAAUUUUAAACUACAUAUAGCUUUAUAAUACUAUUUAUGUAUUUAUUUUAUUUUAUUGACCUGCAUUUAAGUGAGAUUUUACUGUAAAUAGCAUGAUUUAGUUGAUAUAUACUUAAAUAUAAAAGCAAAUCAUUUGUUGAAAAAUUGUUCUUAAAUAUAUAUCGUCACCUCAGAGCAACAGUAAGACAUCUGAUCCCAGGAAUAACAGUACCAUAUCCAGCUGUUGCUUUGAGGCAAUGAUAUGAAACAUUUUGCAGUUUUUUAAAAAUAAAUGAAAUUUUUCCUUGUUUGUUGCAUAAUACUCAUUUUAAGAAAUUAAAUGAGUUGAAGAAAUUCUACUGAUAAACAAAUAAUGUAAUUUUAAUGUUUGAUAAGGAACCAUUAUCUUAGGAGUUGUCAAUAAAUGAUGUCAGGCUUCGAGGGGGAGGGUAACAAGAAGUUGUGACAAUCACUCUUUUUAAAAGAUGUUCAUGAAAAAGAGCAUACCAUGUGAGGGGGGGGCACAAAGGUUGAAAAAAAGGAACAUCAUUUAUGGACUACCCCUUAAAACAUCUUUUUCAUUUUUGUUCCCUUCAUAUUUUUGUAUGCUUGUAGACGGUCAUGACAAAUUUCUCACAUAAAAGUUAAUCUUUUGAAGUUGGAGGUUUGGGAAAAGAGUUUUUUUUUUUUUUUUUUUUUUUUUUUUUUUUUUUUUUUUUUUGCUUUGCAUAAGUAUGUGGUUUAUAUCAAAAUAUUUCAUCAGAAAAGAAUGGUGGUCAUGAAAUCAUUACUUGCUGGUCAUGGGAUUAUACCUGACAUAAAAUGAAUCUCCCAGUUGCAUGUAGAUUAGAUUAGUGAUCAUUUGCCGCAGGUUAAUUUCUUUUAAUUCUCCAAAUUAUACUCAUUCAAAAAUUUUUAUUUUUUGCAAGAUAAUAGAUUUAAUUUAAUUGAGUGACAUUGCAAUAUGGUUAAGCCAAGUAAAUACUGAUGUUAUCAUUUGCAUCCAAAAAAAUUGAUCUUUUUGUUCUAAUCAAUGCCUAUAAUUUUGUAUCCAAAUUGUUUAAAUUAAAAAUUAGAUUUAUUAUUAAUCAAUGAUUUAUGUUGUUAAUUUAAAUCUUUACUAAAUAUUAAAAUCAUAAAUUUUUCAGUGCAUUUUCAAGUUUAUGAAAAAUUUUCUAGUUACUAAAAGUUUGUAAUUUUCAAAAGAAAUAUUUGCAGCUUUGCCAUAACAAUAUUACUUCUGUGUUUUAUUUAUUUGUAUACAUGAUGAUAAAAAUCAUUUCUUGUACUGUCACUUUUUUUU